UGGCUCCUGAAACUUCACUUUGAAUUUUCGCCUCCUAGUUCACAAAUAUGGCUUCUGGUGUUGUGGUAGGAAUUGCUGUUGUUGGCUUCAUGGUAAUUCUGACUGCGAUUUUUUGGAGCGCAACUAUGUCUUGUUACCUUCGUCGGUCCCAGGUUAUUGCACACCAAGAAUUUCUGACUUACACUAUGUACAAGUUUCUGCAUGAAAUGGAAAGGGAAAAGCCAAUCAGGUUCACCUCACAUGUUCUGAUGCUUGCAACUAACAAUUAUUCCAACAUGUUGGGUUCAGGUGGUUUUGGAUCAGUCUAUAAAGGGACUUUCAGUGAUGGAACCAUCGUGGCUGUGAAGGUUUUGAAUGGGAGCUCAGACAAGAGAAUGGAGGAGCAGUUCAUGGCAGAAGUAGGCACAAUUGGAAGAGUUCAUCAUGUCAAUCUACUUCGCCUCUAUGGAUUUUGCAUAGAAGGGAAUAUAAGGGCACUAGUUUAUGAGUUCAUGGGCAACGGCUCACUUGACAAGUAUCUAUUUAAGGAAAACCAGAGGUUGGAAUUUAAAAAACUUCAUGAGAUUGCAGUUGGAACAGCCAAAGGAAUUUCUUAUUUGCAUGAAGAAUGCCAACAGAGAAUUGUCCACUAUGACAUAAAACCAGAAAACAUCCUCUUGGACGACAACUUCUAUCCUAAAGUUGCAGACUUUGGUUUGGCCAAGCUUUGUAACAGAGAAAAUACUCAUAUCACCAUGACCGGAGGUAGAGGGACUCCCGGUUAUGCUGCUCCGGAGCUCUGGAUGCCAUUUCCAGUAACUUACAAGUGUGAUGUUUACAGCUUUGGAAUGUUGUUAUUCGAAAUCAUAGGUAGGAGAAGGAAUCUUGAUGUUAACCUUACAGAAGAAAGUAAAGAGUGGUUUCCAAGAUGGGUUUGGAUCAAAUUUGAUAAUGGAGAACUUAAUGAAAUGAUAAGAGUUUGUGGAAUAGAGGAGGAAGAUAAAGAGAUGGCAGAAAGAAUGGUUAAGAUAGCUCUUUGGUGUGUUCAGUAUAAACCUCAACUGAGGCUUAUGAUGAGUGUUGUGGUGAAAAUGUUGGAGGGUUCAGAAGAAAUCCCAGAACCUGUGAAUCCUUUUCAGCACUUCAUGGAUGGAAGUUAUUCUGUAGAAUCGGUUCAGGCAACACAGACUGAUACUAGUUUUGCUUCUGGUUCUUCAAUUACAGCAUCUAAACCUAGCACUGUGAAUGCUACUCCUAUCAUGAGUAAGUAUGAGAUCCAAAUAGCCUCUAGCCAGGAUUAACACAAAUGCGAGUAAAGCCUUGCGAUAAAUUAUUUUCUUUCAUGAUUUGCUAUUCUGUUGGA